UGUGCCCCUUUAUUAGCAGAUUAUGGACCAACCUACACGUUGCAAUUUGUAAACAAACUUUUAUCUAGGCACCAUAGAUCAACACAAUUGUGCACUUUAAAAUGAGGUUAACAAGGCAUUUAAAAAACAACCCAGGGUGAUUGCUACUGCAUGAGCUAUCACCGAUUGCGUAAACAUUGCUAUCUAGUUGAAAAUUUAUGGACGAGACCGGAUAUUUUCUGCAACGAUUUAAUAACAUAACAUGAUGCCACUACUGCAGCUGUCCCCUGGCAGUUGAACUCUUCCCUGAUUUUUUUAACUGUUGCUUUUGAACUUGCUUUUGAACAGAGGGAUGUUUACUAUUUCAGGGCAAUCGUGAGGUAAAACAAAAAGAAUUCAUAUACUCGUGGCUAAUACGAGAGGAAGACGAUGACCUUCCGCAUCUGUGGCGUGGAAGAAGGAAGAGAAAAAGACAAGCACUUUUUGAGUUCUUGCCUUGCUCUUGCUGAUUUGACGCACAAACCCCGUCAAUGUAGACGGCUUGACAAAGUAGGGGAUAAAGGAGAGCUGCACUUCUUUCUGGGGCUGCCGCAAACGGUACGCAAUUUUGUGUCGUCAAUUGGCUUUUGACCGACCCAGUCCCAGUUCAGUUUCGUCCUUCGUUUGUUAGCUGGUUUCACCUGGCCGCCUUUAACGAGGGUCGGGAAAGGCAAGGACCGUCACUCAGUCACCGCGGGCGGCCACAGGGCGUCGGAGUUAUCCCGACUGGGCAAGCCCCGCCGGCCCUCCUGCGGGUCCCCACACUCUGAGCGCACUCCCCGGGUCCCGCCCGCCCCGCCGCGGGGGCGGGGCCCGACGGGAGCUGCCCUCUUCCAACAUGGCGCCGUGGGAGGCGGGUCCCUCUCGCCGGCUCCCGGGGUUCCGGUGCCGUGCGUUUUGGUUCCGGAGUAAUAGUGCCCUCGCCGCGCCUUCCUCCUCCUCCUGCCGCCGCCGCUGCCGCCGCAGCCGGAACGUUCGGCCUGGGGCGGCUGGGGUUGAGCCCGUGCGCGCCGCGCCCUCUCACUCGGGGUGGGGAGCACGACUGGCUCCCCGACCCUCUCGCGGAAGGCCCUCCUCAGCUUUCGCGUGGUCUGGGGGCCCCGGGGCUCCUUCCAAACAGCCCCCGACUGAGUCCGGUCCAGUCGGGGACCCUCCACUCUCCACUAAGGAGGAGUGGACACCUGCCGCUCUGCCUCCCUAAAACGGGGUCGUCUCUUCACACCCACGCAGACGGCUGAGAGCUUCACGAUCCCCUUUCGCCCAGUUUUCCAACUCCAGAACCUCUGACCUCCGCUAGUUCCUACCGGCCCCUUCUUCCUGCCCCGUCCACGCUCACAGGGAGGCAGCCCCGACCCCAUACAGCCUGGGUCUGGCUCGGUGCCUGCGGGCUCCUUCCAGACCACCCCUCCUCUCUUUACUGCCCACCCCCCAGCCUCCUCUCCUCGGUCCCCUUGUCACCUCUUGGAGCCCUCUCUUAACCAGGAUCCAGUGGGUACCUCCUACCCCAGGAUGUGAGUCCCUGUAACCUGUAAUGCUGUGGCUGGCCCUUGGCCCCUUCCAUGCCAUGGAGAGCCAGGUGCUGGUGAUUCGUAUCAAGAUUCCAAAUAGUGGCGCGGUGGACUGGACAGUGCACUCCGGGCCGCAGUUACUCUUCAGGGAUGUGCUGGAUGUGAUAGGCCAGGUUCUGCCUGAAGCAACAACCACAGCGUUUGAAUAUGAAGAUGAAGAUGGUGACCGAAUUACAGUGAGGAGUGAUGAAGAAAUGAAGGCCAUGCUGUCCUAUUAUUAUUCCACAGUAAUGGAACAGCAAGUAAAUGGACAGUUAAUAGAGCCUCUGCAGAUAUUUCCAAGAGCCUGCAAGCCUCCUGGGGAACGGAACAUACAUGGCCUGAAGGUGAAUACCCGGGCUGGACCCUCUCAGCAUGGCAGCCCAGCAGUCUCUGAUUCACUUCCAAGCAAUAGCUUAAAGAAGUCUUCUGCCGAACUGAAAAAAAUAUUAGCCAAUGGCCAGAUGAAUGAACAAGACAUACGGUAUCGAGACACUCUUGGCCAUGGCAACGGGGGCACAGUCUACAAAGCAUAUCAUGUCCCGAGUGGGAAAAUAUUAGCUGUAAAGACGCUGAACUUUUUAUGCCUAAAAGUCAUACUGCUAGAUAUUACACUGGAACUUCAGAAGCAAAUUAUGUCUGAAUUGGAAAUUCUUUAUAAGUGUGAUUCAUCUUAUAUCAUAGGGUUUUAUGGUGCAUUUUUCGUAGAAAACAGGAUUUCAAUAUGUACAGAAUUCAUGGAUGGGGGAUCCUUGGAUGUAUAUAGAAAAAUUCCAGAGCAUGUCCUUGGAAGAAUUGCAAUAGCAGUUGUUAAAGGCCUUACCUAUUUGUGGAGUUUAAAGAUUUUACAUAGAGAUGUGAAGCCCUCCAACAUGCUAGUAAACACAAGAGGACAGGUCAAGCUGUGCGAUUUUGGAGUUAGCACUCAGCUGGUGAAUUCUAUAGCCAAGACGUAUGUUGGAACAAAUGCUUAUAUGGCGCCUGAAAGAAUCUCAGGAGAGCAGUAUGGAAUCCAUUCUGAUGUCUGGAGUUUAGGAAUCUCUUUCAUGGAGCUUGCUCUUGGGAGGUUUCCAUAUCCUCAGAUUCAGAAAAACCAGGGAUCUUUAAUGCCUCUCCAGCUUCUGCAGUGCAUUGUUGAUGAGGAUUCGCCCGUCCUUCCGGUUGGAGAGUUCUCCGAGCCAUUUGUACAUUUCAUCACUCAGUGCAUGCGAAAACAACCAAAAGAAAGACCAGCACCUGAAGACCUGAUGGGCUCAGAUAAAGUUCAACAUUAUCACCACAGUCUACUAAAUGGACCAAAGGGCCAUCCGUUCAUCAUGCAGUUCAAUGACGGAAACUCUGCCGUGGUGUCCAUGUGGGUGUGCAGGGCGCUGGAGGAGAGGCGGAGCCAGCAGGGGUCCCCAUGACACCGCAGAGGGGCGCUGACAGCCCAGGACUGGUCACCAAGGGGACAACCCACCCAUUGCGCCCCCUUUCUGUUUGCCAUCUGCACCAGAAGAGCUUUGCUGGGCCCGGCUGCCCUGCUCUCACCUUCGACUCUGCUGGCAGAUGGCCUAGCCCAGGGAGCCCUCCACAGUGGCCAGCCCCUGCCCCCUCUCGUCUGGAGGCUCUGACGGGGGUGGGCAGAGGGGUGGGGGUAUCAAGAACAGAGGCUUCGGUGCCCCGCCCCUCUUUUUUCCUAACAUUUUUCUUUGUAAAGGGUCAGGCCCCAUCAGCAUCACUGUUGGGAAUAAAAGUAUUACUGCUA